GCUUGAUCGGUACCGAUGGAGGCAACUGCGCUGAGCAUCGGCAAGUCCGCGCUGAGCGGAGCGCUCAGCUACGCCAAAUCCGCAGUUGCGGAGGAGGUGGCCCUGCAGCUCGGAGUACAGCGCGACAAGGCCUUCGUCACCGACGAGCUGGAGAUGAUGCAGUCUUUCUUGAUGGUGGCGCAUGAUGAGCAAGGCGAGCACAACAAGGUGGUCAGGACCUGGGUGAAGCAGGUCCGUGACGUCGCCUACGACGUCGAAGAUGGCCUCCAGGACUUCUUUGUCCGUGUUCAUCGGAAAUCCUGGUGGCGCAUCCCUCGCACGCUCCUUAAUCGGCGCCAUGUCGCCAAGCAGAUGAAGGAGCUGCGUGCCAAGGUGGAGGACGUGAGCCAGAGGAACGUGCGGUACCGCCUCAUCGACCGUGGAUCAAAACCCGCUAAUUCUUCUGACCUCACAACAACCGCUGCUGCCAUGUUCGGAGUUGAUGAAGCAACAAGGCAUGGUACAGAUCAGCACCAAUCAGGAUCAAGGUUGGAUCUUGCCCAGCUGAUCCUCAGCGACAAGAAAGACUUGGGAUCAGACCAAAUUGGAGUGAUCGGAGUGUGGGGAACGAGUGGCAUAGUUGGGCAUUCCUCCAUCAUCUUGGGUGCCUACGAGAAUCCAAGCGUCAAACUCAACUUCCCAUGCCGAGCGUGGCUUAGGGUGACGCGCCCUUUCCACCGGAAAGAAUUUGUCCAGAGUAUAGUGGAACAGUUUCGCGUGAGCACCAUAGGGGUGGUCGAUUUUCUGCUGGAGCCAGAGGGGGAGAAGACGAGCCAUGAGUUGUCACGUGAGUACAAUGGAUAUGUCAGCAAGAAGAGGUACCUGAUUGUGCUUACUGAACUAUCGACCCUUGAAGAAUGGCACCAGAUCAAAACCUGCUUCCCAGAAAACAAACUGGGGAGUCGGAUCAUAGUAUCCUCGGAGCAUGUUGAAGUUGCAAGCCUAUGCUCAGGCCAAGAAAGUAUUGCAUCUGAGCUCAAGCAGUUGUCUUCUUCACAAACCAUCUAUGCUUUCUACCAGCAGAAUUCUCAAGACGAUACAUAUUCAUCGAAGCCAACGUCUAGCUCAAAGCUACACUAUAUUGAUGAAAACGAGAUACAAGAAGUCCAAUGUAAUGUUGAUGUUGAUAGAAAGAUGGUAGUGCAAGAGAGACUUGCACGCACCAACACGAUGGCGGGUGUUCUCGAGGAAUUUCAGCUUAUUGGGCGUGAGAAAGAAAAAUUAGAUAUUAUUAAGCUAAUUGGAGAACAAGCUAGCACCCAACAAUUUCAGGUGAUUGGUGUGUGGGGGAUGGGUGGUCUUGGAAAAACCACUCUGAUCAAAGAUAUUUACCAGAAUCAUGGGGUCACUGGCAUGUUUGAGAGACAUGCUUUUGUCACAGUCUUGCGGCCUUUUAAGCUUCACAGCUUAAUAUAUCAACUAGUUGCAACGAAGAGUAUCCAAGACUUUGCAGGGGAUACCAAAAAAGAUAUUGCUUCCAUGGGAGUUGAAGAGUUGAAUGGAGUUUUGGGUAUGCUUUCGGAAGGAAAGAAAUGCUUGAUUGUUCUUGAUGACUUCUCUUCUACCACAGAAUGGGAUAAAAUGGUGCCUAGUUUACUUUCCAUGAAUGUCAUUGUGAUCACAACAAGGCGUGAGGAUAUUGCUAAACAUUGUUGUAAGAAACUAGAGUGCAUGCAGAGGCCAGCACAAUCACCAUCUUUUUCGGAGAGUAAACAAAAGGAGUGCAUAUACUUGCCUAGUGGUCUACGAGAUGAGGAUGCAUGUGACGUCUUCAUUAAAAAGGUAUUUAAGGAUAAAACCACAAAUUUGGCUAAGCAUUAUCCAGAGUUGGUUGAACCAGCGAAUAUGAUCCUUAAGAAGUGUAAUGGACUUCCUCUUGCGAUAGUAAGCAUAGGUGGCUUCUUGGCAGACCAACCAACAAAAACUGUUGUGGAGUGGAGGAAACUGAAUGAGCGUAUGAGCGCUGAGCUGGAGAUGAAUCCAAAGUUUGAGACCAUUUACACUGUGCUCAUGCAAAGUUAUGAUGGUCUCCCAUAUUACCUCAAGUCUUGUUUUCUGUACAUCUCCAUCUUUCCUGAAGAUCACAAUGUUAGCCGGAGACGUUUGGUGGAACGAUGGAUUGCGGAGGGCUACUCGAAGGACAUAUCCGUAGCGGACAAAUACUUCGUGGAACUCAUAGAGAGAAGCAUGAUAUUACCAACUCAGCAAUCAGUUUGUAGCAUACAAGGAUUUGACUCCUGCCAGCUACAUGAUCUCAUCCGUGAUAUCAGCAUUGCAAAGUCAAUGGAGGAAAAUCUCGUGUUCAGGUUGGAGGAAGGGUGUAGUUCUAACACUCAUGGUGCAUUUCGUCACCUUGCGAUAAGCAGCAAUUGGGAGGGAGAUGAGCGUGAGUUGGAGAGCACAGUGGAGCUGUCCCGUAUAAGGUCAGUGACAGUGUUUGGCAAGUGGAUGCCAUUUUACAUUUCUGAAAAGAUGAGGUUUCUUCGGGUGCUAGACCUAGAAGAUACUGAAGGUCUAGCUGAUCGUCACCUUGAGCACAUCGGGAAGCAUCUUCAUCUGAGAUACCUUUCUCUAAGAGGGUGUCACAACAUCUCUUACCUCCCGGAUUCAAUGGGUAACCUGAGACAGCUCGAGACACUAGACAUCAGAGGUACACGUAUAUUGAUACUUCCGAAAACUAUCACCAAUCUUAGCAAGCUGCAUUUUCUGCAUGCCUCGAACAUUUCACAAGAUCCAGUCGAUUGGCCAGCACUACCAUGUGUACCUUACCGAAUGCAUGUCAAUUGUCAUCGUGGUGCAUGUGCUCCUUUCUCUUGCUACGUCAUUGACGAGGUACAUUCUUUUGCUGUGAAUGUGCCAAGAGGGAUCGGGAAAUUGAAAACCCUGCACACGCUGGAUCGUGUGCACCUUGCAUGGGGAAAUGAGAUAAAAGGUCUCACUAGCCUGCGCAAGUUAGGAGUAGUGCUUGGCAUCAACACAAAAAUUGGGCUGGAUGUUUGUUCAGCCAUUUCUGCUCUCAGCCGCCUUGAGUCCUUGUCAGUAGAGUCACAAGAAGGAAAUUUAUAUGACCACUUGCAUGGCAUGUCAUCCCCUCUGGAAAACCUCCAGAGCCUCAAGUUGUCCGGCUACCUGAAAAAAAUGCCGGAAUGGAUCCAGAGGCUCCAGAAUCUCACGAAGCUUGAUCUAACACUUACCAAGUUAUCGGGAGACGGUGAAACCAUACAAGUCCUUGGGAACCUACCAAACCUAUCUAUUCUGCAUAUCAUGGAGGAAUCGUGUCAAACCAAUGGACCUAUCACUUUCCAUGGUGGACUUUUCAGAAGCCUCGAGGUCCUUGAGCUUUCUUAUCUGAUCAUGGAAAUCUCACUGGAGUUUGAGGCAACAUCAAUGCCAAAACUUGAGGUGCUGAGUCUGUAUCUUCUAGAAUCUACAGCUGACUUAUCUGGGCUGAAAUUUCUCCCAAGCAUCAAGGAAGUGCGGCUCUCUGUGAAUGUUCUUUUUUAUGAAAAUAUGACGAAAGAAGAGGUAGAAAAGGAAGCAAAACGCAGAGAAGACAAAGCCAAGGAAGACAUUACGAAGCAGCUUGCUGCCAAUCAAAAUGGAAACAGACCAAUUUUGAAGGUGGACUGAUGAGCUAGGUGGAAGAACUACUUGCUUUCCUUUAUCUUUUUUAAACAAACCUACAGGAGGAUGAGCUUGAGGAAGUAUGAGCAUAGAGUCUCAAGGUUAGCGAUUGUUGCCCGGGCACUUAUGUCCUGAUAUGGGUGUGGGCAUGCAGUCGGCUCUGUAAUUCUUUGUUUUCAGUUCCUACUAUGUACUAGCUUGUUAACUUUCAGUCGUUUUCGCCUUCGGGCAGUAACAUUGCACUCCCUAGCAAUAAACAGUACUGCUUUUGUUUGCAUUGAUCUGUCCGGCUUGCCAUUAGGUAGAAUCAACUGUGGAAGAGAAGGAUCUGCCUCUGUAAUGUAGUAUGAGCAAAAGAAUAUAAUCAUCCAUGAUCUGUGGGAAACAUUGCCUACUCUGCUCUCUGAAGAAGUGUCUUCCUGAAGGUUAUUUGUAAUCAGCAGUUCUCAGCUCGUCGGUUGU